AACGGCGUCAGGAGCUGGUACGACAACUACGGCUCGAUCGACUGGGUCCACGACUCGAUCAAGAACUCGAUCCGCAUGCGCCGCCUGCGACAGCGCAAGCGCACCGACGGCCUCCGAGGCCACCUCGCCAACGCCGUCGACGGCAGCCUCGGCUGGGUCCUCGUGUCCGUCAUCGGCUUCUGCACCGCCUGCAUCGCCUUCGCCAUCACCCGCACCGAGAUGUGGCUCUUCGACCUCAAGGAGGGCUACUGCGCCCCGAGCUGGCGCACCGCCAAGCGCUUUUGCUGCGCCGACGCCGCCACGGGCGCGUUCGCGCCGCACGCGCUCGUCGCCGGCGGCGAGCCCGAGUGCGCAGCGUGGAGGACGUGGGAGCAGGUGUGGGGCGAGUGGUUGGGGAGUGGUGACGGCCCGAGCAGGCUCGCAGGCCCGCUCAUGUACCUCGUCUUUGCCCUGUCGUUCUCGUUCCUGUCGGCGUUCCUGACGAUCCACUUUACGGCGUCGACGUCCAUCUACAGCGCCAAGGACUCGCCCCUGUACGGCGCAGUCGACGAGGCCGACCCGUCGACCGGCAAGGACGAGCCAGACGUCGCGCCUCUCCUCGUCCCUCGUCCUCGCAAGACGCUCUACUACGCCGCCGGCAGCGGCAUCCCCGAGAUCAAGACGAUCCUGUCGGGCUUCGUCAUCCGCGGCUUCCUCGGCUCGUGGACCCUCGCCGUCAAGUCGGUCGGCCUCGCCCUCUCGGUCGCGUCGGGCCUGUCGCUCGGCAAGGAGGGCCCGCUCGUCAUGAUCGCGUGCUGCGUCGGCAACAUCGCGACCCGGUUCGUCAAGAAGUACGACCGCAACGAGGCCAAGCGGCGCGAGAUCCUCAGCGCGGCGUGCGCGGCCGGCGUCGCCGUCAGUUUCGGCGCUCCCGUCGGCGGCGUCCUGUUCUCGCUCGAGGAGGUCUCGUACUUCUUCCCGCCGCAGACGAUGCUGCGCAGCUUCUGGGCCGCCAUGAUCGCCGCCGCCUCGCUCAAGUUCCUCGACCCGUUCGGCACGGGCAACAUCGUCCUGUUCGCCGUCACGUACGACCGCGACUGGCACGCGCUCGAGCUCGUCGGCUUUGUCGCGUUGGCCAUCUUUGGCGGCGUGUACGGCGCCUGCUUCAACCGGGCCAACAUCCUGUGGACGCGCGAGGUCCGCAACAAGUCGUUCCUGCGCUCGCGCCCGAUCGUCGAGGUUGCCAUCGUCACCCUGUUCACCGCCGCCAUCGCCUUUACCAACCCGUGGGCCAAGCAGGGCGGCACCGAGCUCAUCUCGACCCUGUUCUCCGAGUGCCACAAGGACGACAGCCUGUCGGGCGUGUGCGUCUCGACGCCUGACCAAGUUUGGCCGCUCGUCGCGAGCCUCGGCGCAGCGCUCCUCCUCAAGGCGGUCUGUACCGCCGUCACGUUCGGCAUCAAGGUCCCAGCCGGCGUCUUCGUUCCCUCGCUCGCGGUCGGCGCGUGCGCAGGUCGCAUCCUGGGCCUCGUCGUCGAGUACCUCCACGCCCAGUACCCGUCGAGCAUCGUCUUUGAGGGCUGCCGCGCCAACCUGAGCGAGCCGGGCCCGAGGCCGUUCGGGCAGGCUUGCGUCCUUCCGGGAGUGUGGGCCAUGAUCGGCGCCGCAUCAACGCUUGCCGGCGUGACGAGGACGACCGUCUCGCUCGCCGUCAUCGUCUUUGAGCUCACGGGCACCCUCACGUACUCGGUCCCGACCAUGCUCGCCGUCCUGCUCAGCAAGACGGUCGCCGACAGGAUCGAGCCCAGGAGCAUCUACGACCUGGUCAUCGAGGUCGCCGACCUCCCCUACCUCGACGCCAAGACCGAGUACAUCCACGAGUCGGCCCCAGGCGACAUUGUCGACGCCGACGCGCCGACCAUCUCGCUCGUCGAGCCCAACACGCUCGCCUCGCUGCACGCCAAGCUCGCCGCCAUGUACGCGAGCGGCACGGCGAGCGGCUUCCCGCUCGUCGCACCCGACGGCGUCGACGGCCCCGAGCGCAUGUACGCCUACAUCGCGUCGAAGGAGCUCGAGCACGGCAUCGCCCGGGCCCGAGCGCGCGGCGUGCCCGAGACGACACGCUGCGGGUUCAGCGCCGUCGAGGCCCUCGCUCGAGUGCGAGUCGUGCGAGGCCGCGACGUCGUCGACCUUGGGUGGCUCGUCGACCAGGCGCCGCUCACGGUCAACGUGCGCAGCCCGAUGGAGCUCCUGCACGAGAUGUUCGUCAAGCUCGGCAUCCGCUACGCCGUCGUCGGCGACGAGCGUGGCCUGUACCUCGGCGUCAUUGAGAAGAACCGCUACCUGCACUACCUGCGUUGGCUCGAGAAG